UUUAGUUUAUUAUCGACACUUGUUGGAUGUUGGGUGCGGGAUGAGUCAGAAUAAGGUUGAGUGCCAUUUGAACUUAUCCUAAAGAAUUAUCGGUGAUUUUUGCAUGUAGUGAGUUGUUUUUUAAGUGAUCAAACUAAGACAAUAUGGAAUUUAUCCCGUUUUCCGACUACAACCAGAUUUCUCAUCAAAGUUUGUUGUCCUCAAAAGGAUCUAUAAGCCAUUCAAAUAAGAGGAGGAAAAGUAGAAGUGAGGGUCAGGAUAGCACUCCUCUGAAACAGAGGAGUCAGGCUAAUGCAAGAGAAAGGGAUAGAACGCACAGUACUUACUGUUUCAGCGUAAACACAGCGUUCUCAACUCUAAGAACCCUCAUACCCACCGAACCAAAAGACAGGAAAUUGAGCAAAAUAGAAACCUUAAGACUGGCAUCCAGUUACAUUUCACAUCUUGGAACCCAACUUUUAGCUGGACCAAUAGACCAACCAUGCCUGCGCCUAACACAGAACUUCACCUCAGAUGAGGACAACUCCAACUCAAACUCAACGAAUAGGCAAGUGUGUACCUUUUGCAUUUCCCGAAAAAAAAUGCCUAAAUUAUUACCUCAAGAGGAAUACAAUCAGUGCCAAACUUACGACUGUCAACAAAUCAUUUUGGAGUCGCCGCCUGAUUCUUUGUCGCCCAUCAUGAUUACUACGUCAGCAGAUUUGACUCCUAUUUACCGCUAGUUUAAGUUUUUAAUAUUUGUAUAUAUAUUUUUAAUAUUAAAAGUUACAUCAUAAUGUAAA